AUGGAGCGCGAGUGCGAGGGCGAGGAGUGGGAGAAGAGUGAGGUGGAGGAGCAAGCCGUCCAGAGGGCCAUUGCCUUUGCCAUGCGUGAUCCCGAUCUCUCGCAAGGGGACUACUACGACCUUUGCUCGCGCUUGCCGCUACACUACUGGGCCUAUGAAUGGGUCUCCCCUAAGCCCGGCGUCUUGGGGAACUGCUGUUUGGUGCCCAAGAUCGGGGCCAUGGGUUUACUCGGCCGCUGCCUCCACGAGCUCUUGGACGAAGCACCGAGCAGCUCGUCUGUGCUGAGCAUUGGAAGUGGAGCUGGAUUGCUGGAAUGGUUGCUGUGUCCUCGCUUCCAGGUGAUUUGUGUGGACUACUUCUACGAGCUGUCGGAUGGAGGUCUGAAGCUCUUGGUCACGGCGCCGGAGCGGCUCCGUGACGUCAAUCCCAUUCCACACCCCAACAACCGCGCGGGUUUACGUGAAGUUGAUCCGUGGGUCCUUCCACAGCUGCACAGUCACAUUCGUGAGGAGGCUGACGGCUCCUUGGCCUUUGUGCCUUGGCGAGGUGCUGUCGGGCGGCGCUGGCGCUGGCGCACCAGUGGUGGUACUGUGCAGCUGGCCUCAGCUGCUUGGGGCACAAGGUUGUCGGUCCCAGAGCUGCGGGCCUAUGCGGAGCACUUCAAGAUUCUAGGCCAUCCUGCACCAGAGGUGGCAGCAGAUGCGGUGGGCUGCGACCUUCUGAAAAGGCAGGACGUGGAGGGCGAGUUGAUGACGGGGAAAAACUCCAGUGAGAGGCGAAGGGGGCGCGAUGGCGUCGGCUCUCUCGUGGAGAAGGGCAUCGAUGAGAUCCUGGAGAAGAAAGAGGACAAAGAUGACGAGUUGAAACACAGGCGCCGGCCAUUCACUGGCAAGCUGGGCUUAGAGCCUUUGCCUGAAGAAGGUGAGCCCGACGACUCUGAGGAAACAGUUCCCAGGUCUUGGGAGUACGUGGUCCAAGGCCAAUACGACCGCCUGGCUGAGCAGGCAGACUUUGCGCCCAAGCUUGUCUCAUGCUUCCCAGAGGACGCGGUCGCCUGUGCACGACAACGAGGGGUUGCCUUCGUGUGCACUCGCGGCAGACGAGCUGACGCUGGUGUCCCCAACCAGGACGACUUUGUUUUAGCCAGGCAUUCCUUGGCACAUGAUGGGCACAUCGCGCUCUAUGGGGUCUUUGACGGCCAUGGUCAAGCAGGUCACCACUGCGCAGCCUUUGCCCGUGGGGUUUUGCCGGAGAGUCUCUUCGGUCAAGGCUCUUUGAUCGCAGGGCCAGAGGAAGCUCUCCGAGUGGCCUUUGCGCAAGUCCAGGAAGGCUUGCUGCAGCAAGACUUCGACACAGAGACGAGCGGCACCACCGCCACUGUGGCACUGGUCCUACACUUUCCGGUCUCUGAGGAGGACCCCGAGAUGCAGGGCGAGAGUUGGCUCUACGUGGCCAACGUCGGCGACUCGCGGGCGGUUCUCGUCUCCAGCAGCGGUGAAGAUCGCUCUGAGAUUGCGGUGAACCGCCUCACGCGAGAUCACAGGCCUGAUGACCUGGCGGAAGCCGAACGCAUCCAGGCGGAGGGAGGCGAAGUGCGACGCCUGCGCCCGGGCAGUGGCACCUCCCGCAUUUUCGCUCCAGGAUGCCAGUGGCCAGCCAUGGCCCUGUCUCGCUCCUUGGGGGCCUCCAUUGCCGGCACAUGUGGCGUGAGCAGCGAGCCUGAGGUGACCUCGGUGCGCUUGGCCAACAGCUCCGACGAGCUCUUGGUGCUGGGCACCGACGGACUCUUUGAGUUCUGCAGCACCAAGGAAGUCGCUACGCGUUUAUGUACCGAGGGUGUCUCAGAUGAGGUCUUGGAGGACGUGUGCUCCGUGGCACGACGACGCUGGGCUCGGAGUUCGUACAACGACACCGUGGACGAUAUCACGGCCGUCGCUGUGCGGGGACUCGGCAUGCCCAAGCGGAAGCUGGGAGAGCUCUCUGAGCCGCUGGUCGAGUCCGCCGCGGCCACCGAGCCCGCUGCGUCGGAGCAGUCAGAGGGCGCGGCGUCCUCGAGCGGCGCGGAGGCCGCAUCCUGGUCCUUGACGGAGCUGAAUGACGAGGUGUUGCUUCAGAUCUUGAGUUCCUUGCCUGGUUGGAUGGCUUGGCGUUUGGAGGCCACCGGCCUUGCAGCUUGGCGCACAGGCUGCACGGACGCCUGGUGGAAAACCAGGUGCCACUUGGAGUUCGCUGCGGAGCGCCUACCCGCGCCGCUGGCUGGGUCCACGUGGCGCCAGAGCUAUCGACAGCUUUUGGGAGUUCAAGCUGCCAGGACCGGCGUGUGGUGCUACAGCAGUCAACGUCACGGGCUGCGGGAUCGCGUGGCAGCGCCACAGCUGUUCGUCAACCCCUCGGGCGAGAAGCUCUUCUGCUAUGGCGGAUGGAUUGAUGGAGGACCUCAGACAGACCUCCAUUGGGUCCCCAUCUCUUCGGUGGUCAACGCCGCACACGACCACAGUGCCGACCAUUGGCGCUUUCAGCGAGCACAGGCGACUGGCACUCCAGCGAUGCCUGGGGGGGUCCAGAGUCUCACCCCGCUUUGGGCGGAGUCUGGUACCUUGGAUGCGCCCUCCCGGUCCUUUGUGGCGGAGACGGCGUCCCAGCUCCGCCGUGGGGGGCCGGCCACCGCCGCAUGUGAGGAAGAUGCUGCACUGGUCAUGGCCUUCGGCGGCGGGGGUGGCGGCUAUCGCCAUGAGCACAACAGCUGGGCGAUCGGAGUGCUGCGCGAAGUGCCAGGUGGAGACACCACGAGUAUUUUGUGGGGACGACCUUCAGCGAAGGAGAAAGGCUUGACGUCGCAUACUCCAACCCCACGCUGCGCGCAUACGGCCACCUACCUCCCCGAGAGGUUCACGCAGCUCGCCGAGGGCGCCGUGCUCCUGUUCGGCGGGCACACGGCGCACUGUACCGAAAGCCUGGCCACCGCGGAACUCCUCACUUUGCAGGACUGGCAGUGGCAGCCGCUGACCCUGCAGAAGAGUGACGCGCUGGGAGAGGACUGGGAGAUGAACCCACGGCAUGGGCACAGCAGCACCUUCUUCGAAGUGGAUGGCAAGGGCUAUGUGGUUGUUGUUGGAGGUGGCACCGGCAACAUUUUGGAGACUUGGGGUGUGCGAGACUUCUCCGACGUCUCAGUGCUGUGUGUGGAGACAUGGACGUGGAUUGGUCACUACCAGCUUCGGGGUGAAGACGUGCCGGGACGACACCACACGGCGUGUCGUGGUUUGGGAAACCAACUGCUCAUCUUCGGGGGCGGCCGGCGUCCCAGCAACCAGGUGUGCGUCCUGGACGCUGCGGCCUGCGUGCGCCGCGCGCUCGCCGGCGACGCCUUGGGUGCGGUGGAGCUGCGGCCCGUGCACCACGCGAGGCCAUCGGAUGAGGAAGGCAACCAAGCCCAGGUUCCCCAAGGGCGUAAGAUGCAUGGUGCAGCUUGCUUGGCACCCCACGCUCCGCUACUGGUUGUUUAUGGAGGCUGGAAAACAGGCCCUCACUUCAGCGACGUUUGGACCUUUGCGCUGGGAGCGGAUGAACGUGACUUGGAGGCUUUCCAGCCAGUAGAGCAGCAGAGUUUGGAAGAGGAGGAUGGAGAUGAUAUGCACGAGUCUCCUGUGGUGGGCGUGCGCAUGAUGGGACCAGAUGGGCAAGUGAGGAUGAUGCGAAUUCCGAGCGAGCUGUUGAGCCAGUUUGUGCGCCAGGGAAUGGUACGACGAGUUGGAGCUGAGUCUGAUGACUGA